GGCAACUACUUCCGUGUGCGUGAUACCACGUGAUCAGUAUACGUUUACCUUCGUCGUUUCGUAUUUUCCUGGAGGAGGCUUCGAGCGUGUCGUGAAAUUUUAAAAGCUUAAACCGACCCAAAUAUGGCAGAGGCUGACCGACCAGGGAAGCUCUUCAUCGGUGGCCUGGACACUGAAACUAACGAGAAGGCCCUUGAGAAGUACUUCAGCAAAUAUGGCAGAAUAGUAGAAGUUCUGUUGAUGAAAGACCGUGAAACGAACAAAUCAAGAGGUUUUGCUUUUGUGACCUUUGAGAGUCCGGCAGAUGCAAAGGAUGCUGCGCGCGAAAUGAAUGGGAAGUCACUGGAUGGUAAGCCAAUAAAGGUUGAACAAGCAACAAAACCUCAGUUUGAGUCAGCAGGCAGACGCGGCCCACCCCCCAUGCGUGGCCGCGGUCCCCCUAGAGGUCCUAGAGGAUCUAGAGGAGCACCAAUGAGGGGUCCACCAUCCAGAGACUACUAUGAUAACGUAGGGAUUGUAGAACCCUUUUUCAAAGGGAUUUCGUCCAGAGGCCCUCCACCACUGAAAAGGGGACCUCCGAUUCGUAAUGGAGGCCCCCCACCCAAGAGACAUGCUCCUUCUCCAAUGGGCAGACCUUCCAUGUCUAGGGACAGGGACCCCUAUGGCCCACCCCCUCCCCGCAGGGACUCAAUGUCCAGAAGGGAUGAUUACCCAUCACCAAGAGAUGAAUAUUACAGCACAAAGGACAGCUAUUCUAGUCGGGAAUAUGUGAGUUCCAGGGAUACACGGGACUACGCACCAACGCCACGGGACUAUCCACCAAGGGAUUAUCCCCAAUCCAGUUCCCGUGAUGAAUAUGGGUCAAUGUCAAGGGGCUACAGUGAUGGUUAUGGUGGAGGCCGGGAACCCAAAAGCUAUAUGGAGCGCCCUAGUGCAGCCUCUUAUCGAGAGCCCUACGAUGGUUACGGUAACUCACGCAGCGCCCCACCCUCAAGGGGCCCCCAACCAUCCUACAAUGGCAGUGGCGGAAGCAGUCGCUAUGACGACUAUGGAAGCAGUUCCCGGGAUGGAUAUGGCAGUCGUGAAAGUUACCCCAGCAGUCGGAGUGAACCUUACCCUCCUAGCCGUGGUGAGCGAAUGGGCAAACAGGAGCGGGGUCCAGCACCCCCAAUCGAGAGAGGCUAUCCCCGUGAAGCGUACAGUGGCUCAAGUCGCGGGGCGCCCCGUGGUGGCCGCGGAGGCAGCAGAGUCGAUAGAGGAAUUGCCCGCAGCAGAUACUGAGAUGGAUAUGACAUCAGAGCGAUCGUUACACAAUGCCUGCUCAUUCACUACUUGUAUAGUGAGGGGAAAAACUAGGGAUGUCAAAUUCCAUGGACAAGCUUAGGUUUUGAGCUGUUUAUCCUCAGCCUGUCAAUUUCUUUUUGUUUUAAGUGUUAAAAUUACUUGUUUUAUAUUUCCCCGGCCCAUGUGAUACCAUUGCCAAGUGAUGAGUGUUUAUUUUUUGUACAUUUAGUGCUGUUAUGUCCUGCUAUAGUCUUGGAUAUGGCUUUCAUACACUAAUAAAGUUUUUAACCAAAGAACUUUCGCAACGCUAAUGGAUGUUCAGAAAGAGACCAGAAACUGACAUGAAUGUACACCCAUAUCCCAGCGCACAUCUACAAGUUCUGUCCACUAGAGAUCAGUUGAGAUGCAGUUAACUGAAGCUUGUAGAUGACACUUAACAGUCCUGUACUUUCAGUCAACCAACCGGUUGUCUGAGGAUAAAGCAAAUGUCACUUUCCAAACUCUUCAUCGGUGUAGUUUUCUCUGGAUAUGGCUCCUUCACCAUAGAGCCAAACAAUGGUGGCUUGCAACGACCUAACCAAAGAAAGACCCCAACAACCAAACGCAAGAGUCUUUUCAACACGACUGAUAGUGUCAACAGCUGGUUGAGCUCUAAUGGAGCAAUCUUCUGGAACUAUUGCUGAUUCAAGCCUUCCUGUUUGUUGAUGUUGGACCAUCGCACAGCGAACCGAACAGGUACCUGUGCUGGCACCGCUCCCAAUUACAACUAAUAGUGGCAGGUGCCUGCAUGGAAACAACCAACAUCAUUGGACACAAACCAGGCAGAGAAAUGAGACUCAAAAGGAAGGUCAUUCUAAUGCCUGGUCUAAAAAAAAAAAAGACCUUCGAACAGCGAAAAUUAUACUCUUCCCUAAAGCACAACCAUUCAUUGCUGGAGUUAAGCAACUUCAUUAAGAUGGUACACUAGAAUUGGAAUGCAGAUUCUGUUUGGUUUGCUGAGCCACAUUUGUGAUAGGCAUCUCUUACAGAAAUCUAGAUUAUAGAAUAUUUCCUUGCCAGAUAUGGUGGAGCCCAUCAGAUAACACAAUUGUCUGUUUCCUGAUAUUGCAGUGGAAUUGGAAGCACACACACAACCAUUGCUUAGAAUUCUCCAGUGUCUCCCAGGUGUGGACAGAACAGUUAUUACAAAGAAUCGAAAGCGAAAUUAACCCGUGUAGUUUUUUUGUUAUUCACCUAAUGUCCGUGGGUCUGAUGGACUCACAACAUUAUUGGGUUAAAACAAUACAGCCAUAACAAUUAACUUAGAUGUUGAAUCAAUUACACGUAGAAUAGACAGCAUACAUGGUUAAUAAUUGUUAUUUACCUCUGCUACAUCACAUUUAUCAAUAAAACUGCUGUUUUCUGUGGGGGUUUUUUUGCAAACCAAAAAUCUAUAACCAAGACAUUGGUGGAAUAAAUCAUGUUUAUCUUAAACAAAUAUAAGUGAAACAAGGUUAUCACUAUUUAUGUUUAUUGCUUUGAACUGAACAAAUUGGAAGGAAACAUUUUACAUACAGUAUUUUACGGAAAUGAUAAAUGAGCCCCCCUGAACAUAAGUAAUUAAAGCCGGUCUCCAAGAGGGACAAUUUUA